UAGCUUAUCGCUUUCCGUCAAAAGUGUUCAAGGUGGAAUUCGUUGACGCCAUUUCGUACCUCGUUUCGCUGUAGCGUCACGAAAGUUUCUUCCCUUUUCCUUUAAUUUCAUUUCGCCACGACGUCGCAACCACAUAAAAUGGUUUCAUCCAACCAACCGAAGAAAACAAAAAUAUUUGUGGGUCGGUUACCAGAAAAUUGUCGCAGCGAUGAGUUGCGACAAUUAUUUUUACGUUUUGGUGAGGUUACGGAAUGCGAUGUCAUGAAUCGGUAUGGAUUUGUCCACAUGGCCCGGGAGGAAGAUGCAGCUGCAGCAAUCAAAGCGCUACACAAUUCCAACUUCAAAGGGGCAACAAUCAAUGUGGAACAGUCUACUGGCAAAUCACGCGGUGGAGGAGGAGGACGCAGGGAUGGAGAAAGAAGAGCUGGACCAAUGAGAGGUGGUAGAGGAGGACGAGACGGUGGUAGAGACGCUCGUCCUGGACCAUACAAUGAUAGAAGAGUUCUUCCGAUCCAACUCGUUGGUUACGAUGGAUCUGCUGCAGGUGGCGUCGCAACGGGGUACACCGAUUACAAUCGUGGCGCUGGAGACUUUAGUGGACGUGGAGCAGACUUCGGUACUGGAUACACUGAUCGCGGAGCGUAUGGCCAAAAUGUGGGAAAUGCGGCUACGGGGUACACAUCUACGGCGCCUGGAAUGGGAGGAGGAUAUGGACCAGCAACUGGAGCUGUUGGAGGAUAUGGACCAACUGGAACAGCCGAUUACGGCCGAACCGCAGAUUAUAGCCGCGCUGCGGAGUUCGGAGCCAGAACAGAUUAUGUUGUAGGAGGUGGAAUGACUGGGGAUUUUAAUCGUGGCGCACCUGGUCCUAUGGAUUAUGGGCGUACUGAUAAUUUUGGUGCAAAUCGUACAGUUGAUUAUACACUUACUAGAAGCGAAUAUGAUCGAAUAGCAAAUGCACCUAUGAGAAACGGUAGUGCCCCCCCUGUUCCCACUACUGGGUAUGGUACAGGAGGGUACACAGAAGUGGGAUAUGAUGAAAGUCACUGGCCAAGCUACAGCACUGGGGCACCUAGUUACAGCACUGGUCCUGGACCACAGGCAGACAUGUUUAGUAGAAGACCUGGCAGUGCCGUCCCCAGUGGUGGAUAUCCACCUGUUGGUGGAGGUUAUGCUGAAGGAUACGACAGACCAGAUGCUUAUGUUCCCCCGCGUGGUGGUGGACGCUUCCCAGGUCCGGCAGACGCGAUGCCACCGAGGUACUAAAAGCGUACUAAAGCAAAAACUAAGCGCAUGCGAAAGGCACCCUUAAAAAAUGCCUCUUUAGUGGUGGUCGUUCGCUUACGGAAUCGAAUACCUAGGAACUGCCCUGCGUCCGACAAAUACAGAGUCCAUACCAUUACAUACAAUACUAUGUAAAAUGAUAGAUACGAUAGAUCUAAUGUUUAACACUAACUUAAGGUACGGUAAGGAUAAGAAGUAUCAAUGAGUAACAUAAUCAGUAAUGAAACGCAACUAAGAUUGUUUAAAGAAAGAGAAGAAGACGAAGAUGAAGAAGAAGAAGAUCGAAUCCUUCAUGAAAAUUGUACUGUGAAAUCAAGGAAUUUUAUAUGUCGUUCAUUUUUUCCAGCAAAUAGUGGGUAUUCCUUUUGUGCGAGUUGUGUUCAUAGUUUUUUCUGAUAUUUCCUAUGUUUUUUCUUUCGUAGUGAUACAGCCCAACUUUAAGUGGUGUGGGUUGAAUUAUGUUUUAUCUAUCCUUAAAUCAUAUAUAAUAAUUACACUCUAGAAUAGAUGAUUUCGUUAUAAGUUUAUAAUAUUUAGAUCAACAAGAUGGUGACAUAGGCUAUUAAAUAAAAAGUGCUAUAUAAUCUUUUUUUACACGUAAGAUCUUGGAUAAUAUUUUAAAUGUUCAUUAAUAAAGCAAAAAAACGUGUUUGCAGAAGUUAUCAAUGUACCUUGACGGAAUGAAAAAUAAAAUUCAAACGAAUACA